AUGCUUUUCUACAGAUUCGCUAAUCACUCCGACGGCCAAUAUCAAGCUCGCGGAUUUAGAGCAACACUGCAGCAGCGAUGUGGAUUUAAAGAAGGUGAUCACGACCUGGCAGUGCCUGUGUUCUGGGACUCAGCCCACUACUUGGACCUGGCAGCCAAGGAAGUCAGAGACAAGUCCUCUUCCUCGGUUUUCUUCAAAUGUUUUUUGGAUCGAGCUAAUUCUUUCGCUGACAUGUUCGCUGCUGGACGUGGCUACUCGGAAUACAUAGCAAACUCAAUCGGGGGGGAUUUGAAGGCCACUUUAGCUACUCGUCUUGUAACCACAAGAUUCUUCAGCUCUUCAGUCGCGGUUCUUGACUCGCUCUACAAGAGCUACAAGCCACUUGUUCGAGCCUUCAUACAGAAUCAAGAGACAGCGAGCCCGGUAGAUGCUGUUAAGUUUAAAAUUCGUGGACAAGAUUUUGCAGUGGAACUGAUUCAAGAUUGCUCAAACCCUGUAGCCCACCUUCUCGACGAGUGCAUGAAUCCGCGGCGUGUUCUGGAGCGUUUGACCGGCAGUCGAGCUGAUCCUGGUGGGCGACCAAAGCUGGACCAAGGCAAUAAAUUCAAGCUUGGAGGAGCCACAUCUUUUCAUACCUUCUUCAGCUUUGUUUGCUCCCUCUCCCACGUACAAAAAAGGCAGUCUGAAGAAAAUCUCAACUUUGACCCUAAGCUUUCGAAUGAAAUUUACUUCGUGUAUUGCAAUUUCAUCUACGAUUGUGUAUGGGGUAAAUCGGGUUUCUCCCUCAACACCUGGUUUCCCGAGCUCCCGGAAGUAUCCUGCCAGCUGGUGAAAAUGUCGCGUUGCUCGACAGAGGAGGAGAAGUACGAGUUCAAAUUUUCAAAUGGCGUUUCUCAUUCAAGCGUCUUCGAUGAAACGUCCUUUUUGCAAUCUUUCUACGUGGAUAAAAAGGUGUUUGAAAGGGUCGGACAGGAACUCUGCACUGCUCUUGAUGUGGCUGUGUCCAUGGGUGGGUGUGAAGCUGUGGUCGAGUCCUUCUACUCCGUUGUGGAUACCCAGCGGAAAGGAAGUACUAUGUCAAACGAGACAUUGGAGUUGCGAAGUAUUAUAGAUUGGUGCUACCCCGAACCCUACAGGUGCCCUGCAACCAUGGAGACAGUUGCCAACUUGAUGCUGGAUGGAAAUUUUCUCCUGGGAAUAACUCCUUCUCCCCCCUCGAUUCAUACGGACACCAAGAACAAGUCUCCCUUCUCAGAAGUGAGCAAGGUUCUACAAAGGCUCAAAAAUGAACCAGUCAAGUAUGCAUUUCUCUUGCAUACUGAUGAUUUUUGGUAAAUCAUAUAAGACGAGUGCACGAGCAAUGCAUUGGUAAUCGGCUUCCGCUUCAUUUGAGAUGCGCUGUCACUUGCAACAUUUUGGGCGGCCAUUUGCAUUUUUACGUGUGUGAAGCAGUGACCACUCCAGACACCCGUCACUGGGCUGUAUUGCAGUCUAUACUUUAAGGGGGAAGAUUGUGAUGCGAUGUAGUAAUCUUUCGUAAUCUCUUCGUUCCUUAAUACCAGCUUGAUUGAUAUUGUUAUGCGCAAUCCUACAAUUAGAAUUAAUUUGCGUGCUACUCACGUUUGGUCAAUAUUUCUUUUUCUUUUAUCGUUGGCUGAAUGCACGUUUGGUUUGCUUAGCAUUCGUAAACCUUUUUGAAUAUUUCAUAAAAUGGUAUUAGAAUAAUAAGCAGGUUUCACUAAAAAGUAUUGUUGGUUUAACUAUCUGUAAAUAAUAAUUAGUUAACGUUUACGCUAAAGAAGUCAGUUUGGAGAUUUUACGUUAUGUGUAAAAACAGGAAUUUUUACGUUUCUCGUCUCGGAACAAACUUUUGCCUUGAGUAAUACAACACAUCCUAAGCUAUUCAUUGAAAAACUUUAUGCAACGAAUUUUUUAGUUCUAAAAUUAUUCGAAAUGUUGCCAAAAUGUAAAAACAUUUAAUGUGGUUCUGUUCAAGCCAUUUAGUUCUGUACAAGACAAGCAUACGAUGUUUAGUCAUCUUCACUGAGAAAAAAAAGCCUAGGUAGAGCUAGCCUUCAUAAGUAAUGCUGUUAAAGUUGUCUACAGAUGUGCCUUUUCGUUUUUCCACUGGUUAUAAGAAAAAAUUAUUAUAGCAACUGUAUCCUGGGCUUUACUGAUUGAUAAGGUCCGCGGUUUAGUACCAACUACCACGUAACCACGCUCCUAUGACCUAUCGUACUCCACUACUGAACUAAUUUCGCGGUUCAAUAAUGGUUUUCCACGGCUUGGGAAAUAGACUUACGGCUCGAAAAUUCCUUAAUUCACGGCUCCAGAAUUCCAGUCGCGGCCCGGAGAGUAGAUGUUUUCCA